AAGAAAGAAUUGAACGACUAGAAAAAUUAAAAAAACGCCGAGCAUUACCCGCGGUUGAAAACAAAAAACAAACUAAUUCAAAGGUAGAAAUCCAGCAAUUAAAAACUGAAUUAAGUUCGCUCAAAAGUAAACUAAGCCAAUCAAAUCCUAACCAAAAAACUCAGUUAGAGAAUAAGUUAACCGAGAUAGAAAGUCAGAUAAAAAAUCUUUCAAGUCAAGAUAAUUCUCCUUCACAGUCUAUCAUUAAAAAACUGGAACAAGAAAUUAAAGAGAUUAGGAAAAAGUUAAAAAAGAAAAAGAAGGAUAAAAAUAAUGAUGACAAAGAAGAAAAUAACAACAACAAUAACGAGAAUAACAAUGAUGAUAAUCCAGAGGAAGACGAUGAUUUAAGUAAUUUUAUUUCCUCAAUUUUUAGGCGAAGUAAAUCAGAUAAAAGUGAUUAUCAAUUAUUUUCAAAUAAGGGUCAAGGAUUUAAAGUCUACAUUGCCAAAGAUCACCCUCUUAUAAAAGGUAAAAAGUUAGAUAACUCAGACGAUACUCCUCCUUUUAGUAUUAGAUUUAAGAAAAAAAAUGCUUCAAGACAAGAAGGAGAUAAG